AUUUUAUUCCACAUUCUCAUAGUUGUACUCUACACACUUUCAAAUUUCUCUCAAAAAACACUAUUAUCUUCAUUCAUUUCUUCUUCAUUGUUUUUCUAUCUGCUUGAAAUUUUUCAUAAUGGCCGCUGAACAAAUUCUUGUUAACGGGGUCACUGAGAUCAUUAAGAAGGUACUACCUGUUAUUGCUCAACAGAUUUCUUCGGCAUGGGGUGUUAGGGAUGACUUAACAAAGCUUAAGGAGACCUUGGAGUCAAUUCAAGCUCUGAUUACUUCUGCUGAGGAAAAACAAGUGAAUGAUCCUACAGUCAGACUUUGGCUGAGAAGGCUUAAAGAUGUUGUAUAUGAUGCAGACGACGUUAUCGAUGAGUUCGCUUAUGAAACCAUGCGCCGUCAUGCAGCGGGAGGCCAAUUUAAACUGAAAGUACGAGCUCUUGUUUCAACCUCCAAUCCACUUUUAUUUCAAUUCAAGAUGGCUCGUAAAAUUCGAGCCAUCAAUGGAAAGUUGGAUGAAAUUCACAAAGACAGUGAUAGGUAUAUGUUGCGAAAUACUACUAUUACUACCCAAGACAAUCGGACUACGGUUUUCCAAAGUAACCGAUUAACCUCAUCCGACGGUGGUAUUGAUUCAAUAUUUUUAGGUAGGGAGGCUGCAAUAUCAGACAUAAUGAAGAUAAUGAUCAACAAGCCGUCACCACCGUCAUCAUCAUCUGGGAUUUCGCCUCAACCAGAGAACAUUUCCACUUUAUCCAUCGUGGGUAUGGGGGGCCUGGGUAAGACCACGGUAGCUCAAAUGGUCUACAAAGACGACUCCAUUGAGAGAAACUUUGAGCUAAGAGCUUGGGUUUGUGUCUCUGAUCCUUUUGAUAUCUUUAAGAUUCUAAAAGAUGUCAUCGAGUCCAUUACCGGAAAGAAAUGUGAGGAUCCAUCAAAUGUUGAUGCACUGCAAAAACAAUUCAAGGAAAAAUUGAUUGGUAAGAAAUAUUUGCUCGUGCUCGACGAUUUGUGGAACGAGGAUACCGAAGAUUGGGGGAAAUUGAAACGGUUCCUUGACUGUGGCGGUUCGGGUAGCAAAAUAUUAGUCACUACACGCAACCAAAAGGUUGCAUCUGCUGUUGGAGGUGCAGUUUACAGUUUGAAAAAAUUAUCAGAUGACGUUUGCUGGUCCAUUAUCGAGAAGAAAUUGUUGUCCCAAUGCGGAGCAGUAUUGACUCCAGAAAUGACAAGUAUUGGCAAGCAAAUAGCGGAAAAAUGUGAUGGCUUACCCCUUGCGGCGAACUCACUUGGAAGUUUAAUGUGCUCGAGAAGAGAUGAAAGCUAUUGGCUGUCAAUAGUAAACGACAUCAAUCGUUUGCGAGGUACAUCUGAACAUAAAAAAGUCAUUUCAAUAUUGAAGUUGAGCUAUGAUAAUUUGCCUUCUCCAUUGAAACAAUGUUUUUCAUACUGCUGUAUUUUUCCGAAAGACUGGGAGAUAAAUAGAGAAAUGCUAAUUCGGUUAUGGAUGGCGGAAGGAUUCCUUUUGCCAUCCAGUGGAGGAGAAAAUAUAUCUCUUGAAGAGAUAGGAAAUGAAUAUUUUGAGUAUCUAGUCUGGAGUUCGUUUUUUCAGGAUUUCAAGAGGAGUAAAAAAUGGGGUAACAUUAAGACUUGUAAGAUGCAUGAUCUGGUGCAUGAUCUUGCAUUGAGUGUCCUAGAUAGUAAUGAAUUUGGAAUUGCAAAGGUAAAAAAAGAGAAGGAAGAAGUUUCAGAUGUUCGUCGUUUACAGCUACAGUUUGAUGGAGGACGAAGAAUGACAUCUCCAAAUGUGUUAUUAAAUGCGAUGAAGUUGCGAACUAUUGUUGCUCUUAAACCGAGGAAUCUUUCACAUGUUAAUUCUUUCUUUCGUCAUAAGCGUCUACGAAUAUUAUGUCCCCUAGGUUGGUGGAAUAGAUGCUCACUCUCUCGUGGCUUCGAGUUUCGCCAUGUUGUACGCCAAAUAUGUUUUGCUUCUCCGAUUUCCCAGGUGAAGCAUCUAAGGUACCUUGAUCUCUCAGAAAUUGAUUUAUCUCGUGAGGUGUCUUUAAGUCAUUCUUACAAUCUACAAACACUCAUACUGCGUGAAUGUAGAAACGUUCCCAAUUGGUUUCUUAGUAAAAUUGGGUCAUUGAAGAGUUUGAGGCAUCUUGAUAUGUCGUACUCGGAUAUUAAAUUUAUACCCGAAAAUAUCGGUUUCUUAGGACAUCUAUGUUUCCUUGAUGUUUCAAGUACACAAAUCUCAAAACUACCAGAUUCAAUCACUCGCAUCAGCAGUUUAAAGACGUUGAAGUUUGAUUGGUGUACGAAAUUAAAUGCCUUACCUAGAGAGCUAGGAGAACUGACCCGAUUAAGUUGUCUUGAUUUGAUUGGUACUAAUAUCAAAGAAUUGCCAAAAUCAUGCAUUACGAACCUUUGCAAUUUGGAGAUAGCGAGACUUGGUUUUAAGUGUGAGCUUCCCAAAGAAAUUAAGAAUUGGCCGAAAUUGAGGAUUUUUACACACUCUAGAGAAAAUGAUGCAAUGCCUAGAGGUAUAGAAAAGCUCACCAGCCUUGAAGUAUUAGAGGAUUACAUGGCUGGUAAUGGAAGUGGUAUUCAAGAGUUGGGAGGCUUAAACUCCCUUAAGGUGUUAGGUAUAAGACAUCUGGAGAAUGUCAAAGGUGGAAAAGAAGGCGCGGAAAGAGCGAAGUUAAAGGACAAGCAACACCUUCAAGAAUUGAAUCUAUAUUGGGGUACUACUGGAAUUGAUUAUGAUGAUGAUGAUGAUGAUGAUGAAGAGCGAAAUAGCAGAAGUGUGAACCAUACUACGGUGUUUGCGGGUCUCCAGCCUCACUCAAAUUUGAAGAAGUUGAGCCUAGAAGGAUUCUCAGGUUUAAAUUAUCCAAAGUGGAUGAUGGGUUAUUCCAAAUUGUCAAACUGCCUUCCGAAUUUGGUGGAAUUAAAUUUAAUAAAUUGUGAUCAGCUUCCUGCGCUGGGUAUGCUCCCAUUUCUUAGGGUUCUUGAGAUUCGGAGAAUGAAAUCAAUCAAGUGUCUGGGAGAAAUUUUUUAUUAUCAACAAGAAAACCAAGAUGAUGAAGAAGAAAGCAUUAGUAGUACAAAGAUAUCCUCAUCAUUAUUCCCAUCGUUAAUUAAAUUGUUCAUCGAAUUGGAAAACUUAGAAGAAUGGGUUGCUCCUCCUCUUUCUUCUACUACUUCUUGUUUCCCUUCACUUGAGAGUCUGAUGAUGAUUGACUGUAAAAGAUUGAGAACCGCACCGAUAACUUGUUUUUCUUCUCUCAAGACAUUGGAAUUAUGGCGUACCGAUGAUAAUGUAGUAAACUCGUUCUUCAAUAGAGGAGGUGGUCUGACCUCUCUCACAGAGAUUCACAUACGGGAAUCUCCAGAUCUAAUAUAUCUACCACCACUAGGCGUACUACUCCAACACAAUACUCCGAAUCUUCAACUCCUAGAUAUUAGAUCCUGCUCAAGUUUUCAAGGUUUUCGUGAUGAGGAUCUAAAAAACAACAACAACAACAACAACAAUUCUCUUCGCUCGUUGCGCUUAAUCAAUUGCCCUGUUUUAACGUCUCUACCGGAUUUACGAUUAUUCACUUGUAUUCAGUCAUUGAAGUUGGAAUAUUGUCCUGGUUUGACGUCUCUACCAGAUUUACGAUUAUGUACGUCUCUCCGGGAAUUGACCAUCUACAAAUGCGAUAAACUGAAUAAGAAGUCGAUACCUUAUGAUCUUAAGAAGUCCCUGACGUUUCUUGAAGAUCUGAGAGUUGAUUUCAUUCAAAGAGAUGAGGGUGGUCCGGAUGUAUCUGGUUUGUGGGAGUCAAGUAAUUUGAUGGAGAAGGAGUAGAGCUGCUUGAUGUUUAUAAAAGUUCAUCUCUUUCAACACUAGGAACAGGUCUCUUCGCUUUCUGUUUGAUAAAUCAUUGCUAUGAUAUCUAUAGAUUAAACUGGUAAGAAAUUUUGAUGAAUGAGAUAUGUAGAUUAUAUGCAGACCCAAGGCGAUCAGAAAAAAAUAGUCCAAGCUGGUAGCUGCCGUCUUUUUCGACUUGGGCACCUUGAGGCCUAGCUCGCCUUUAACAACAUAGAUGUUGGUUCCAGUCUUCUACUUCGGAUUUUGUAGUUUCCUUUGAGAGAGUACGAAAUGAUGGAUGACGAGGUAUCAACUAGUGACCAGGCGCAUGCUUCACUUCGAAGAAUUCGAUUCAAAUUGUGAGUUUUUUUUGUGCUCGACAUCAUUUUUCCAUUAAAACCGAAAGUCCAGUUUCCAUUCUCUGUAAUUUUUCUAUCUUCUAAUUCAAAGCCUGUAGUUCCAAACAAUCUGGGGUAGGCUAAAUGUCCCAUUACAUGAUCACAAAAAUUCAUCAGGCUUCCAAAAUGGAGAAUAGAAAUGUUGCCUUGAUCAGAAAAGCACAAGCAUUGUAACUAUCUAGCAGAUUGGUUCACAGUCCUGUGUACAAAUUUCAGAAAAAUAAACAGAUACGAGGAUUCUAGAAACAGGAUUAUAGAUAUCCCGUUAGCCACAGUGCCACUACAGUUAUAGUGCUUGUGGACUUGGAUCUGAUGGAACGGGUAGGCUAGUACAAUUGGAGCAAAGAUUACUGGUGGAGGCUCUGUCUACAUACUAGGAAGGAACUGUCUACGAAGCAGCGAACAGAUUCUAGAGAUUCAGCAAAAGUACAAAGCUGUCAUAGAAUUCAUGCCAUUUGUCUUUGAAGGUUUUUCUCCAGGUGUUGGAGAAUUCGGGUAUCUGAAAAUUCGUCUACGUUUUCCACCAAUAUAAGCCUAGUUCUUUUUCCCCUUUAACAAUCUGAGGCACUUUUGAGUGUUCUUUUUCAUUCUAAUUUUACUACUCUUUGUAAUAAUUAAGAUUAUAUUCUUGUUACAGAUACUGGAAUAAUCUGAAUGAGUUGUAAGUUUUAACCCUUCAUUUUGGGUAACGGUUAUAUCUGUAAUAGAAAAAAAAAAUUACUCAAACAAA